AUGUAUCAGACUUUGAAGAAGCUUAGUGCAAUCUCCCAUCGCGGCGAAAUGGAUGAGGGACUUCUUAUACGGGCCUCUGGGAUUACAUAUGCCCCUAAAUUACAUCUCGUUCUGUGUUUCAUUAAGGCGCUCGAAUUCCUUAUCAAUGAUGUUUAUGGUAGUUCGGGAAGCCAUGUGAACUUGAUUAUGCUGUAUAGAGUUGACACUGACGGCAAUAUUGAUAUCCUAGACGGCACCCAACCUGAGAUCGAACCAUGA